AAUCAUCCGAAAGGUAAAUACCGGUAGCAGUUUUACACCAACUUAAGGAAAGCGACCGUUGUUAAAAAUCAUUCUCGGCAAGCCAAUCAUGGUCUCGAUCAACUCCAAGAUUGCAGUCGAAAGCUGUUUCGGAUAUCGACAGGAUACAAAUCAAAUCCGUCAAUUGUAGAGAGAUACAAUAAUACACUUUUCAAAAUGGCCGCUCCUGCUAAAGAGAAUUCUCCGUCUCCUGCCAAGCUUGUAAGUGAUACAGAUAGAUAGGAUGCCGACGACCUCUUUUGAGUGAUCCGCCAAAAGAAUUGGGUCGGCGUUUGCUCAUUACUGGAAAAUCGUUAUCAACGUUGACAAGCCUGAAGAAUUGAAGUGCUGUCAAGCCUUAUUUUAUUUGACACUGUGUAGCUCAUCGCAUUUACUUGAACUUUCUGUCCGCCAAUGUUUGCGGAUGAUGGAUUCUGUGAUUGACGCUCUUUGAUUCGAAAUGUGUUAUUCUGAAUUUUCACACGGUCAUUUUGGGAAAAUACGAAUGCUAUGAAAUCCUAUUGAAUUCUCGUCGAACGUGAUAUUAUAUUGGUAGGCUAUGCUUGUUGUAGCAUGGUACGCUGGCAACACUUUUUACAAUGUCUUCAACAAGAAGGCAACCAACAUGAUCCAUGCCCACUGGUUUGUUGCCUGUGCUCAGUUGGUUGUUGGGAUUGUUUGGAGUUUGGUCAUGUGGGGAACCGGUAUGCGUAAGAAACCGAACCUAACCAGCAAAGAUAUCGCCAAUUGCAUCCCUAUCGGUAUGUGCGCUUGCUUGGGUCACGCUGGAUCCGUUCUUGCAUCCGCUGUUGGCGCUGUUUCCUUUGCUCAAAUUGUUAAGGCCUGCGAACCUGCCUUUGCAGCCGUUGUCGGUUUGCUCGUUCGACCGGUCGACAUAAAGCCAAUGUUGGCCUACGCCAUGCUAAUCCCAAUUGUUGGUGGAGUGGGUCUCGCUUGUGUCAAGGAAGGCAAGGGUAUUGAUAUCAACGUCACUGCUUUCAUGUGGGCAUCGAUGGCCAACAUUGCCGCUGCUUUCAAGGGAAAACUUGGAUCUGGCGUCACCAAGGAGCUCAAGGGCAACCCAGAAAAGAACAUGGACUCCGCAAAUGUCUACGCUGUCAUGAAUAUUAUCUCCUUCUUGUGCACCGUUCCCUUUGUUGUUGUUCAGGAACUUCCUACCUUGGAUGUCGAAUGGAACAAGGCUGUUGAAGAACACGGAUUUCAGCCUCUCGUAAUGAACAUUGCUCUUUCGGGAUUAUUUUUCUACAUCUACAACGAGUUCGCCUUUGCUUUCACCGCAGCCGUUGGAGCCGUCACAUCUUCUGUUUUGAACACUGCAAAGCGUGUUAUCAUUAUCGUUGUCUCUACCAUUGUCUUCCAAGAGCCCAUGGAACGAAACACUGUUUUGGGAUCUGCCAUUGCCAUCGGAGGAACCUUUGGAUACUCUUUGGCCUCGAAGAAGAAGUCAGCGCCAAAAGCAAAGAAGGAAUAAGCGAUACUUUGUCAUUUGUGGGACAUCUAUGUUAAAUGAUGGCAAUCUUUCGCCGGGGCUGUCCAUUGAUUUGAACCAAUCACUACUGUACUAUGGUGAAAUAAUGUUUGCUUCCUAGAUAUGUAAUUCGAGAAG